AUGCGCUUUACGGCUCUCACAUCACUUCUUGUCGUAGCCCUCAUGGCGGCUACGGGCAAUGCAGGCAAGCCCGCUCAGGUCCCCCAUGGGUGCUGGGACAAGUGUACCAAGGAGUGCCUGGCUUGGAUUAUUCCCUUCGUUUUCACUUUCCCCAAGUUCAUCGAUUGCCGGAAGGAAUGCGUCAUCAAGAUGUAUCACGCCGAGUGUCGCGAGAUGCUGAAGAACCUGAACCUCGGCGGUGAUAAGAAGCCAGAGAAGAAGAUCGCCGCCUUCUAA